CAGGAGGCUGGGAAGAUGGCGGCGGCGGCGGGGGGGGGCGGCCGCCCGGGCAGCGGCGUGGCUCGGCUGGGCUGGAGGGUGCGUGGCUGGCUCCCCGGGGGCAGGCCCCCGCCCCGGCCGCAGCGCGCUGAGCCGCCGGCUGCAGCCCCCGCCCCCGCCAUGAGCGGCUCGGAGAAGGAGAAAUUGCUCUGGAACGUCAAGAAGGAGGUAAAACAGAUAAUGGAAGAAGCUGUCACCAGGAAAUUUGUGCAUGAAGACAGCAGUCACAUCAUCGCCUUAUGUGGUGUGGUGGAGGCGUGCCUCCUGCACAUGCUGAAACGCAGAGCCGCCGGCUUCCUCAGGACCGAUAAGGUCGCUGCCCUCUUCACCAAAGUUGGCAAGACGUACGCGGUAGCUGGGGACAUAUGCAAGAAAGUGCAGGAGCUGCAGCAGCAGGUGGAAGGCAGGAAAAAUCAACCGAAUGGCCAGGAAUCCCUCAAGAGGCAGGGGUCUACCUCAAGCAAAACAUCUAUCCUGACGCCGCAGGCCAUCAGACACAUCUGGGUGCGGACGGCCUUGAUUGAGAAAGUGCUGGAUAAAAUUGUCCAGUACCUGGUGGACAACUGCAGCAAAUAUUAUGAGAGAGAAGCUUUAUUGGCAGAUCCUGUUUAUGGACCAAUCCUAGCUUCUCUCCUUGUUGGGCCGUGUGCACUAGAAUACACCAAGCUGAAAACAGCUGACCACUACUGGACAGACCCGUCAGCCGACGAGCUGGUUCAGAGACACCGGAUCCACGGAGCCCAUGGGCGCCAGGACUCGCCCUCAAAACGCCCGGCGCUGGGAAUCCGGAAACAGCACUCAAGCGGGAGCAUGUCAGAAGACCGAUUUGCAGCUUCAGCUAGAGAAUACGUGGAGUCUUUGCACCAGAAUUCGAGGACUCACCUGCUGUAUGGGAAAAAUAAUGUCCUGGUCCAGCCAAAAGACAACAUGGAGGCAAUUCUUGGCUAUCUCUCCCUUCAUCAGUCAGCAGAUAGCUUGACUUUGAAAUGGACUCCCAAUCAGCUCAUGAACGGCACCCUGAGGGACUCUGAGCUGGAGAAAAGUGUAUACUGGGACUAUGCCUUAAUCGUGCCAUUCAGUCAGAUUGUCUGCAUUCACUGCCAUCAGCAACCAGAAAGUGGAGGGACGUUAGUCUUGGUGAGUCAGGAUGGGAUCCAGAGACCUCCCCUCCAUUUCCCACAGGGAAGUCAUCUCCUUGCUUUCCUUUCCUGCCUGGAAAAUGGCCUUCUGCCUCGAGGACAAUUAGACCCACCACUUUGGUCACAGCAGGGCAAGGGUAAAGUAUUUCCAAAGCUCCGGAAACGAAAUAGUAACAAGUCAGUGGAUCUGGAGGAAAUGACAUAUGAGGAGUCUGCUACAGACUAUGUCUUCAGGAUUAUCUAUCCAGGCCACAAGCACGAUAACAUAACUAUUAACUACCACCACUUAGCUGCCAGCCGCUCUGCCUCAGUCGAUGACGACGAGGAGGAGGAAGACCGGCUCCACGCAAUGCUCUCAAUGAUCUGCUCUCGGAACCUCACAGCUCCUAAUAGGAUGAAAGACUCCGGCGACAUGAUUGAGAUGCAGGGAUUCGGUGCGAGCUUGUUGUCAUGGCAGCUGGAACAUUGCAGCCAAGGGUCCUCGUGCCUCUCCUGUUCAUCGGGCAGCUCUCCGUACGACAUCCCCAGCUGCUGCAACUGCAUACACGACAGAACCCCAUUAAAGAUGCUGUGUGAAAGCAUGAAGAGGCAGAUUGUUUCCAGAGCGUUUUAUGGAUGGCUUGCCUACUGCCGCCAUUUGUCUACAGUGAGAACGCAUCUGUCUGCCCUCGUGAACCAUUCAAUUAUCCCGCCUGACAAGCCUUCCAGCGCUGCCGGAGGCCUGACUAAAGAGGUCUGGAGUAAAUAUCAAAAGGACAAAAAGAAUUACAAGGAAUUGGAAUUACUCAAACGAGUUUACUAUGGCGGAGUGCAGCAUGAGAUUCGAAAGGAAGUGUGGCCCUUCUUACUAGGCCACUACAAAUUUGGCAUGACCAAAAAGGAAAUGGAUCGGGUGGAUGAGGAUAUUGCUCUCAAGUAUCAGAAGGUCAUGGCUGAGUGGAAAGCCUGCGAGAUCAUCGUGAAGCAGAGGGAGAAAGAGUCACACUCUGCCAUCUUUGCUAAGUUUUCGUCAGGCAGCAGCAUCGACAGCCACGUUCAGCGAUUGAUCCACAGGGAUUCCACCAUCAGCAACGACGUCUUCAUAUCUGUAGAUGAAAUGGACUCAACAGAGCGAGACUUAAAAGGUCCAGUUGACCCCUCGUUGACUGUGGUGAACGUCGACACUCCGGUCGCAGUGGCUGCUGCAGAACAGCAGCCCGUGGAAUUUGAUUCUCCUGAUUCGGGGCUGCCGUCUUCUCGGAACUACUCGGUCGCUUCGGGCAUCCUGUCCAGCAUCGACGACGGGCAGAGUGUCUGCUUUGAGGACGGGGUGGAGGAAGAAGUUAGCGCGGACUUAGAAAGACCAGAUCUGGACGUGACCCAGGCUCAGAAAGCCAAGGCGGUGACCUCAGAGCGUCAGGAUUCUGUAAUGGAGGAACAACUGUGCUCCCGGUUGGAUUAUUUAACGUCUGGAGAGGACAUUGCUUCUGUUUGUGGAGCUGCCUAUACAAUAGAAUUACUGGACACCGUUGCCUUAAAUCUGCAUAGAAUCGAUAAAGAUGUUCAGAGGUGCGACCGGAAUUACUGGUAUUUUACUGCUGCUAACUUGGAGAAACUCAGAAACAUCAUGUGCAGUUAUGUGUGGGAGCACCUGGAUAUCGGAUACGUCCAAGGCAUGUGUGACUUACUGGCUCCUCUCAUGGUUAUCCUUGACAACGAUCAACUGGUGUACAGCUGCUUCAGCCACCUAAUGAAGAGAAUGAGCCAGAAUUUCCCCAAUGGAGGUGCUAUGGACACACAUUUUGCCAACAUGCGAUCACUAAUUCAGAUUUUAGACUCUGAGCUCUUUGAAUUGAUGCACCAAAAUGGAGACUACACCCACUUUUACUUCUGCUAUCGUUGGUUCCUGCUUGAUUUUAAAAGAGAAUUGUUGUACGAGGAUGUAUUUACAGUGUGGGAAGUUAUUUGGGCAGCAAAGCACAUCUCUUCAGAACAUUUUGUCCUUUUCAUUGCCUUAGCACUAGUGGAGGUCUAUCGAGAGAUUAUCCGUGAUAACAACAUGGACUUCACUGAUAUCAUAAAGUUUUUUAAUGAAAUGGCAGAGCGUCACAAUGCCCAGGAAAUCCUGAAGAUUGCAAGGGACCUCGUCUACAAAGUGCAAAUGCUGAUUGAAAAUAAGUGAAUGUGGACCGAGAGAAAAACGGGCUUAGCACUGACUGUGGGACGAAGCAUUUCUUGCACUGUAACUUCAGAUGAUGUUUUAAUUGCAUCUUCCAUGUAAUGUAGUAAAUAGUCCAGAGAUUUGUAAUAGACUUUUAAAACAAACAAAAAUUUUCCACCCCGGGAUGAGGUUUGUGUUUGAUAGUCCUUGUUAUGCUCAGUUUGUAGUGCGAGGCAAACCUUUUUUUUUUUUUUUUUUGCAUUCUACCCUCUCCUAGUCUCUAGAUAUUGUCUAGCUACAUGUCUGAGCUACAGAAGGAAUUUUGGAGUCAUAUUUUGACCUAUCAGACCCUUAACACACGAGGGAUAUUUUGUGCUUGACCAAACCUCCCUGGGAAUGCAGACUUAAGGCUGCCAAUUCAACGUCCAUUGAAGUCUGAGCACUGGAACAGGAUCUUAGACAAGCAAGUGCUGUGGAGUUCACCUAGGAUAUGUGAAAGGAUGUCCCAGCUCCUACAAGUGUUUUUGGCCGUAUGAUGAUUAUCCAUCCUAUUAUCUAGAUCCAUUUAUGACCAAGUAAUCAGAUUAGAAAUCACACUGUGGAAGAGAAUAAAAACACCCUGUCUCCGAGAAGCCAAGCCAACUUACUCAGAAAACUCCUGGUCAAAUAUCUUCACUAGGCCAAAACAUGGAUCUACAGUGACUCCUAGCAGUAUAUCAUUAACCGCAGCCUAUCUCCAGGGACCUUCUGAGAGUCAGGUAUUUUUGGGCCAACCAUCUGUUUCAGCCCUUACUAGAAGAGGAAAGCUAGGAUUAAAAUCUGAGGGGGCAACUUGUAAAUUGUUGCCUCUAGAGAUACAAGAUGCUAAAUCGUUAUGUCCAGAUUGUUGCAAUUUUAAGUCUUUAAAAAAAAAAAUUUAAUGAUAGCAUUUGCUAACAUUUCAGUGACAUUGAGAAGACAUGAAGACCAAUUUUCUGUGCCCCCAGCCCCACUUCAGCAAAGCCCCUGAGCAUGUGCUUCAAGUUAAACUUGUGAUUAAAUCCAUUCCUACUUCGCUGACCACUACACAUUUGCUUAGUGUGGUGCUGAAUCUGGGCCAGAAAGAUUAUAGUCUCUUUAGGGUAGGAGCUGGCUUUUUGUUCUGUUUGGACAGUGCCUAGCACAAUAGGGUUCUGGGCUGGGGACCUAAGGUGCCACCACAAUAUAAAUAAUUGUAAUAAAAAGAGAAUCCAGCUAUCAGGGAUACAUUUCUGCUACCCUUCCCUACAGUAAGUAGUCAGUACCUUACUCUGCAAGUAUUCCAAGGUGGCAGAAUCUGGCCCUAUAUAGUUUACACUUUCAGGUUAGUCAGAUCUUGAAAUCUGGCUUAGUGCAUAGGAAAUUAAGCCCCUUCUCGUGUGGUUGGCUCUCCCACUCCUGCGUGGAGGGGGGCGAGCACAGGGAUCUGCAACUGGAAAAGUGUAGAACCUCACACACACACAUGCCCUGCAAUUUGCACACCUGACUUCUCAGAGAGACUUAUUAGAACUUCAUGACCUCUGAAAAAUAGAAUCCAGGACAUCAUUAAUUCCCAUGUAGGUAUCAGCAUUUGCUGCACUAAAAAAGUGUAUUUUGUUGUGCUACCUUUUAGUGCAUUUGCUGUCUCUGGAAUGUUUCGCACGUAUUACUGAGGUUCUAUAGCAUUAAUUUCUGUAUCAGACUGAAAGUUUAUAGUAGUGGCACAAUACUUACACCUCCUCUGCAGGGAUAAGGAGUUGCGACAAUUUAAACCAGCCGAGGAUCUGUCCUUGGGCUUUAGUUUGUCAAAAGUGUAGUGUCAGCGUGUUUAUAUCUCUACAGGGUCACCACGUAGACUAUAGUACAUACCUAGAUCCAGGACAUACUGUGAGAGUCUUCAAACUGAUCAGUUAGAUUGAAAGUUUAAUGAUAUAGCAGAAAGAGAAUUACCACUGUGCCCACAAGAGAUACGAUCGGAUCCUAAUGAAGUUACCCGUUGAUUUCAAAGAGGCACAUGGACACUUUCUUAAAAAAAUCCAGAAGCGCAAAUCCCACUGACUGGCGAUGGGCCUUGUGCUCCUAAAUCAUUUACGCACUUUUGAAAAUUCCAUCCUUUGCCAAUGUGCCUCACUAUUAAAGAUGGCCAAAUCUCUUCCAAGGGAGCUAUUAAAAUUAAAUUUAGUCUUGAACCAAAGCCCUGGAUCCAAAUGCCCUUAACGGUCGUGGCUCAGUUGAUGAUAUCUUGAAUUACCUUUUGAGAGUAGAAUUUUCAAAAGGACUGACCCGCUGGGCCUGACUUUGCAUCCAUUGGCAUCAUUGGUGAAACUCCCCAUUGGGCUUAGUGAAAGCAGAGUUAGGCCAACGCUAAGCACUUCUGGAAAGCGCACCCAUACCAUAUGGGUCUAUCUUAGAUUAUCAUUAACGGAUUUCGCCUAGGAAGGGAAUAAAUCAGUGUUGUAUGUUUGAAAAUACAAAAACA